GGAGCAAUAAAAAACGAAUUGCGUGCGUGUUUAUGAUUGUGUCCAUGCACCCUCCUAGCUGGGCAACAAGAAACCGAAAAGACAUCCCCGUCGAUCAGUAUUCGUCCAAGCUCUACCCCGAAAACGUGUCGUUAAUUUUGGACUAGUGUAUAUACGAAUUUUUUUGAGUUGCCGGGCUAUUCAUAAUAUAUUCGAUAAUGAAUUCGAUUAGAGUCUGUAACUUGAUGCGGUAUAAUGUGCUAAAAGGAGAUGUUCUAUUUCGAGGAAUUGCUACGUCCAACGUACUCAACGAUAAUCACAAAUGCAAGGUGCUAAUCGUUGGGGGCGGAGCCGGUGGUUGCUCUGUUGCCGCAAAAUUAUCCAACAAAUUAGGCCAAGGGAAGGUUAUCAUUCUGGAACCAGCUGAAAAUCACUAUUAUCAGCCAAUGUUCACACUAAUCGGCGGUGGAAUAAAAACAUUAAACGACAGCUUUCGACCGAUGUCAAAGGUUCUGCCAACCCUUGCGCAGUGGGUAAAGGAUUCUGCCGUAAAGUUUGAACCAGAAAAUAAUACCGUCUACACGGAGAAAGGCGAUAAGAUCCAGUACGAAUUUUUGCUGAUUGCCACAGGUGUUCAACUGAAUUACGAUAAAAUACCAGGCCUUGUAGAGGCCCUUUCGAUUCCCAAGGGUAAGGUCUGCUCGAAUUAUUCUCCAAAGUACGUCAAUCGUACUUUCGAAGCACUACAGGCGUUCAAAGCUGGCAACGCCAUUUUUACCUUCCCGAAUAGCCCCGUCAAAUGCCCUGGGGCUCCACAGAAGAUUAUGUACAUCGCUGAACAUUACUUACGUAAGAGUAAAAAACGGCAAAACGCAAACGUGAUCUACAACACCUCACUGGCGGUCUUAUUCGGUGUGAAACAUUACGCCGAUGCUCUUUGGAAAAUUGUCGAGAAGCGUAACAUUCAGGUCAAUCUACGAACCAACCUAGUUGAAGUCCUGCCCGGUCAAAAUAAAGCCGUAUUCCAAAAUCUUGAUAAGCCUGAAGAAAAAUUUACUUCUGAUUUUGAGUUCCUGCAUGUUACACCACCUAUGGGCGCUCCGGAUGUAUUAGCUGCCUGUAAGAGCCUUGUAACGGAGACAGGGUUUGUUGAUGUAAAUAAGGAUACUAUGCAGCACUUGAAGUUUGACAAUGUUUUCGCUAUCGGUGACUGUGCAGCCAGUCCAAACUCCAAAACCGCCGCCUCUGUCGCUGCCCAGUCUCAGGUUGUAUAUAAAAAUAUGCUAUCUGUAAUGAAUGGACAUACACCGGUUAAAGUGUUUGACGGUUACGCUUCGUGCCCGCUAGUGACAGGCUACAACAGCUGUAUUCUGGCGGAAUUCGAUUACAGUCUAACACCACUGGAAACGUUCCCCAUCGAUCAGAGCAAAGAACGCUAUUCGAUGUUCCUAAUGAAAAAAGACAUUAUGCCGCCCCUCUACUGGCACCUGUUGCUAAACGGAUUGUGGAAUGGACCUGGUUUUGCCAGAAAAUGUAUGCAUUUAAAAUUGUAGUCUGAAUUGGUUGUUGAGUGUUUUGUGAACAUUGUGUGAAAAAUACAAAAACUCGU